UGCGCCCGAAGCGUCUCGGUAUCUCCAACCGUGUGCCAGUUUGCUCUAGCCGACGCCGAACAGGACGAGAUCGUUUCUGCCCAUGCACGAAGUAAUUCGUCCUGCGCGAUGAGAUUUUCGGAGUAUGCCGCUUCGAGGGAUGCCGCUAAAACUUUGGCUGCGUUGGUGCGCGACUUCCUUCCGGCGCACCCCGAAGAGGGACUCUUACCCCUUCGCGUCUUCAAGCUGACCCCUCGCGAACGGGCAUGGAUAGCGGAUCGCGCGGGGGACUUCCGGCUUUAUCGUGACAAUACAAUCCGAGCACAUCGCCGGAUGACCCAGUUGUUCAAUGCGGCAUGUUCCGCUCUCGUCGCCGUUAACACCAUCAACGAUGACAAGCGUACUCAUAUGCUCACGGCGACCAUACCCAGCAUGGACCUGGGUGCUCUUCCGUCGGGAGCCGAGCCGUUGUAUGAACUCAUCUCGACACGCCAGCUAUUCCAUACACUGCAGGAUAACGUUCCCGCAUCCGACGUCCUUGACGCCGUUUACGGCUCCCUUCGCCCCGACGCUGGGCCUAAUGGCCCUCCUCUCGAGAAUAUCGAAGCCAUCGUAGGUGAUCGCGUGAUAGAGCUUCGCCCGGAUCAAGUCGCCGCUCUCCGGAUGACUGACCGACGUCUUCCGGUCAUCGCGAAGAACGUCCGUCCUGACUCUUUGGCCAUCAUUGUCUUCUACAAAGAGCAAAGUCGCCUUCUAGAGCAUUUCGCCAAGCGUACCCAAGUUGACAUCCACACCGAAGAAUCGGCGACAAAAAGACGUGAUGUGAGUGGCCCGAAUGCAAUAUUAGACGGAUAUUCACGCUUGCCUUUGUCGCCUUUGGCGCAACGCUUGUUCUUCUGUCAUUACCUCCGGACAAUUUUGGACGAGAAUGGGAUGAAGCUCUAA